AGUUCUGUCAAAUAACAUUUUUUAUGGGCAAUACGUGAGCGCAUGUGUUUCUAUUUUCUUUCAAUUGAUUUUUGAUUACAAUUUGAACAGAAAUCAUUAAGUUAUCAAAAUGAGUGACGAUGAGGAGCAAUUCAAUCCAAAAGCACAUAAAAAACUUCUACAAGGCAUCAGCAGUUUAGGCAAGGCUCAGCAUAUAAGGAAAACAACACGUAAUGAGCCUAUACGUCAACAAGAUGAGUUUCAACUAGUCAAACCUGUGGAUGAAUCUGUUGCACGUUAUCCGGUUGGCUUGUACGAUAUUGUCAGGGUGCUACAAACCACUAAUAGACACAUAGAGGCUGGGAAACAAUUGAAAGUUGUGCAGUCUUCCAAAAAAGUUCUUGAUAAGCCUUUGGAAAAGCCACAGGCAGAUCGUAUUAAGCGUGGACUUGGCUAUGACAAAACUAAGAAAAACUUAAAUCGCUGGGACGCAGUUGUAACACAUAAUCGCAAUGCGGAGACUCAGGUGUUUCCGCUGCGUUCGGAAACUAUCUAUGUCGAUACGUCGAUGUAUCGUAAACCCUUGGAACGAUCGCUUAAAUCUGACUUAGCACGUGAGCUGGAAGCAGAGCAGGCACGAUUAAAAGCUGUAAAAAGAGAGUUGACUGGUGAAACUGAAAAUGAGGAGGAGUUAGCGAAAAAGGAGGAGGAAUUAUUGAAGAAAAAAUUAACGCGUGAUGAGCAAAUUGCACGCCGCAAAGAGUUAGCAUACCUAAAGCUCAGAGAGUCACAGAAAUCAUUAAAGGCACGCAAGCAAAAUAAAAUCAAAUCAAAAAAGUAUCACAAACUAUUGAAGAAACAAAAAAUGCAAGAGCAAAUUAAACAGUUUGAGAUUUUGCAAAAAACUAAUCCCGAAGCAGCUUUGGAAAAGUUAAAUGAAUUAGAAAAGAGUCGAGUGCUUGAAAGAGCUAACUUACGUCAUAAAAAUACUGGAACAUGGGCGAAGAACUUGCAAAUACGUGCGAAAUACGAUAAGGAAGUGAGAAAAGAUUUGGCUGAACAAUUGCAAAUUAGUCGGCAAUUAACCAAAAAGCAAAAUGACAGUGACGAGGAAAAUGAAAAUGAAAUUGUUCAAAAGUCCGCACAACUCGAAAUGGAAAAGGAUGUCACUGAUUCUGAUCCAUUCAAUCCUUGGACACGGGUGGGAAAAGUUCAAAGGGAUAACCAAACAACAAAUGAAGAAGGGGAAAAUUGGCGAAAAUACUGGCUAGACCGAAAUCAGAAUGAAAAGCUUCUAGAAGAUUACAAAAAGUUGCUAGCUCAAGAAAAAAGUGACCAAACUGAUGAUGAGGAAAAAGAAACUAAAGAAGAAACGGUAAAAUCUGAAAAAUCAAGUGCUGAAGUUGAAAGCAAAAUUAUUAAGGAAAAGAGCUCCAAGAAAAAGAAUUUAAAACAAAAGGGUAAUACAAGUGCUCAAACAAAGAAAAAGGAAAAUAAAACUAAUAAUAAAAGUGAAGAUGUCAAAACUGAGUUUAAUACAAGUAAAACAGGUGAAUGGCUAGUAGAAGACAUCACCACUUCCGGCACUAGUAACCUACCCAAUGGUAAAAGCGAAAAUAAUAUCGACGAUAUUUUUGAUAAACAAGAAGACAAAAUUAGGGAAAGAAUGAGCAAAAAGCUGAAAAAAUUAAAUAAAAAAGCAAAACUUUUGCAAAAGGCAAAGUUGAAAAAUAAAAAAUCAAAAACUAAAAAGAAAAAAGAUGAGUUAAAGAACUUAAAAGAAUUAUCUUUCCAAAAAGGGGCUACGCGUCCAGUUAUUGAUGAAGAACUAAUUACUGAAAACACCGCUCCUAGCAAAGAGGACGGAAAAAAUUUAGAGAAAAUAUUAGAGAACGAUAACCAAAAUAUUAAUUCAAAGGCGGAAACAGUGAAACCAACAGCUAAACCCGUUGUAAAAGAAAUUCAACCAUCUACAACUAUAGAUCCAAAUAAAUUGGCCGAUGUUAAAAUUAAGCAAAAAGUAAAUAACUUCAUUGGAUUAAACGAAACAAUAGGUGCUGUCGACGAUGAUAUAGAAAUGAGUGGUGAUGAAGAACAUGACAAGGCGUACCACGAUCAGCAGUUGACAAUCAGCCAAGCGUUCGAGGACGAUGACAUUAUUGCGGACUUUACUCGCGAUAAAGCCAAAGACUCCGAAAUCAAAAAUGCCGAAAUCGAUUUAUUUAUGCCUGGUUGGGGUUCAUGGGCGGGUGCUGGUAUUUCUGCUGAAAGACAAGUUGCGAACAAGAGUAAACGUCUUGUCCUCAAGUUGGCUAAAAAAGAAAAACGUCGGGAUGAUAACAAAGGAGGACUCUACAUUAAUGAAUCGGCAAGUAAAAAGUUGCGAACUCAUCUUGUUUCCGAAGUGCCUUUUCCAUUUACAUCUGUUGCUGAUUACGAAGGCAGUAUACGUGCAACAAUUGGACGGAAUUGUGUACCAGAAACUGCUUUCCGUAUGCUCACCCGACCUGCUGUUAUAACACACAAGGGUCAGGUAAUUGAGCCAAUGGAUCAAAGUGAGCUGACAAAGCCCCAACGCAAGUUGAGAAACGUUGUGGAUAAAAGAAUAGCGAGAAUGAAUGAAAACACAACACCAAAAGCUAUAAAAUCUAAAUAAAAAAAUUAAGAUCUUAAAAAACUGUGCACAUUAAAGUAAAUACAUACAUAUGUACAUUUAUAUAAACAUGUAUAAGAUUUAGAAAGUUACAAACAUCAUUUGUUCCUGUUUCGGUUUUUAUUUAUAAAUAACGUAUGUACAUAAUAAUGUGGAAUAAUGAUGGAAAGAGAGGAUGUGUACGGAAGCCUUUAGAAUAAUAAUAAUAUGCGACUCUGUAUUAAAUAAAAAUUAUAAACACAA